ACAGUGUUUGUUGGAAAGAACAAGCCACAGAAGGAUCCGCUGAGCUCCUUGCGCUGGCAGGGCUUCAAGCUGGACGAGUAUCUCAUCGGCCAACCCAUCGGGAAGGGCUGCAGCGCCGCCGUGUACGAAGCAGCUAUUCCUUCCUCUCGCCAUCACCGUGCGGAGAGCGGCCGUCUCGCGGGGCAGGGGCCAGCCGUGCCGCCGGAUCAUGACUCGGCUUCACAGGCGCCUGAAGAGGAGCCUGUGGAGAAACACCAAGCGCAAGAGGCUUUCCCGUUAGCUAUCAAAAUGCUGUGGAACAUUUCGGCUGGUUCCUCGAGUGAAGCCAUCCUCGACGCUAUGGGCCGAGAGCUUGUCCCAGCCACGGGGGUUGCCUUAGCCGGAGAAUACGGAGCCGUCUCUGGGCGCAGAAAACCUGUCCUUGGGAGGAAGAAGUUGCAGCCUCAUCCCAAUAUAAUCCAGGUGAUCCGAGCAUUCACAUCCUCCGUCCCUUUGCUGCCCGGAGCCUUCACAGACUAUCCCGAUGUUCUUCCGUUAAGCCUGAAUCCCAGAGGGAUCGGACACAGCCGCACGCUUUUCUUGGUGAUGAAGAAUUAUCCCUGCACCCUGCGCCAGUAUCUGAGAGGGACCAGUCCGGAUGUUUUUCUGUCCACGAUGAUGAUUUUACAGCUUUUGGAAGGCGUGGAUCAUCUCGUUCGACAUGGAAUAGCACACAGAGACCUCAAGUCCGACAACAUCCUGGUUGAAUUUGAUUCUGCUGGCUGCCCCUGGCUGGUGAUCACAGACUUCGGAUGCUGUUUGGCAGAUGAAAACGUCGGCUUGAGACUGCCUUUCACCAGCUCAUACGUGGAUCGGGGCGGCAACGGCUGUCUUAUGGCCCCCGAGGUGAUCACAGCGUCGCCUGGUCCAGGCACGGUGAUCAACUACAGUAAAGCUGACGCUUGGGCCGUUGGAGCGAUCGCUUAUGAAAUCUUUGGCCUGGCCAAUCCUUUCUACGGCCACGGGGAAUCAACUCUGGAAAGCAGAACGUACCGGGAAGACCAGCUGCCAAGCCUGCCCGCUCAUGUGCCCCUUGAGGUGAAGGAAGUGGUGAAGAGGCUCCUCCAGAGAGAUCCCAGCAAGAGGUUGUCUGCACGAGUUGCUGCUAACGUGCUUCACCUAAGCCUCUGGGGCGGAAGCGUUCUGGCGUCCCAGGCCCUGGAACCCGACCAGAUGAUCGCCUGGCUCCUCUGCCAGUCCGCGGCUGCUUUGCUUACGGAUGGGCUGGUGGAUAAAAGCCGGGUAGAAACCAAAAUGAAGAUGUGCUUUUUGGCAAACCUGGAGUACGAAGACCUCUGGGCAGCAAUAUUCCUGUUGCUGGCCUGGAGAAGCCGCUCGGGGUGA